AUGCCUAACCCUCUCGUGUUUUUCGAUGUUACUGCUGACAGACAGCCCCUUGGGUGCAUCAACUUAGAGCUGUUUGCAGACACAGUUCCAAAGACAGCAGAAAAUUUCCGUGUGUUGAGCAUUGGGGGGAAAAGAUUCGGUUACAAGGGAUCAUGCUUUCACAAAGUCAUUCCUGGAUUCAUGUGUCAGGGUGGUGACUUUACCCGCCAUAAUGGAACAAGCGGUAAAUCUAUUUAUGGUGAGAAGUUUGUUGAUGAGAUUUUCAUGCUCAAACACACAGGCUCUGGCAGUUUAUCUAUGGUGAAUGCUUGUCCCAAUACAAAUGGGUCUCAGUUCUUCAUCUGCACUGAGAAAACUGAAUGGUUGGAUGGGAAACAUGUGGUCUUUGGCCAAGUCAGAGUGGGAAUGGACGUUGGGAGGAAAACAGAGAGUUUUGGCUCAAAGAAUGGCAAACCAAGAAGAUAAUCAUCUCUGAUUGUG